UGCCGUCGCUGAUUCGUUCAGGGAUUCCUUCGUGGCUUAUGGUGGGAGUUCUCAACCACGGUUAGCAUGCGGUGUAGCUGGGGCUUAAUUGGAUGCUGGUAAUACUUUUGGGAGGGAGUGGAGUGUUAGCUCACAUUGCAAUUGCAAGUAGAGCAGAGCCCAUGCACACAAGGGAGUGAGGUACUGUAUGUGCUGGGGACAGCGCCUGUCAACCGACUCCAGCGGCACAGGCAAUCGAAUGCACCGUGUUGUAGCAAGGACAGGUCAAAUCAGUCUACGCUCACCCAUCUGCAUGGUUUGUUUGGCGGUUUGUUAUCUCCCUCAUAAUUCAGAAUUAUGGAUUAGAGGGGGUGACUGAGAAGCAACAGUAAAUCCGCCCAUUGUUGUGCGCUGAUCUGGAUUUAGGUGCAGGACAAAGAUAAAUUGCUAUUAGAGGCUAGAGGACAGAACUGGGACAAUGGACACCAGCAUGCGGAAAUUUACAGUUAGAAGAUGGUUCUCCGUGUAUCUUCGCAAGAAGUCAAGAUCCAAGAGCGCAAGUCUAUGCAAAUUAGAGGACGAUGCUAUCUUGAAAGAAUUUGACAUCAGCCAUCAUGUAAAAGAGGGCUUUGAAAAGGCAGAUCCAUCUCAGUUUGAGUUGCUGAAGGUUUUGGGUCAAGGCUCUUACGGAAAGGUGUUCCUGGUACGGAAAAUUGUAGGCUCGGAUAAAGGACAGCUCUAUGCUAUGAAGGUUUUAAAGAAGGCCACUCUGAAAGUGCGAGAUCGUGUGCGAUCAAAAAUGGAAAGAGACAUUCUAGCAGAGGUCAAUCAUCCAUUCAUAGUCAAACUCCACUAUGCCUUUCAGACGGAGGGGAAGCUGUACCUCAUUCUUGACUUCCUCCGAGGUGGCGAUCUUUUCACUAGACUGUCCAAGGAGGUGAUGUUUACUGAAGAAGAUGUGAAGUUCUACCUGGCUGAGUUGGCCUUGGCACUGGACCACCUCCAUAGCCUGGGUAUCAUCUACCGCGACCUCAAGCCCGAGAACAUCCUUCUUGAUGAGGAAGGCCACAUCAAAAUAACAGAUUUUGGCUUAAGUAAAGAGGCCAUAGAGAACGACAAGAGAGCGUACUCCUUCUGUGGGACAAUUGAGUACAUGGCCCCUGAGGUGGUCAACCGGAGAGGUCACACACAGAGUGCAGACUGGUGGUCUUUCGGUGUCUUAAUGUUUGAAAUGCUGACGGGAUCACUCCCUUUCCAAGGCAAAGAUCGGAAGGAGACCAUGGCGCUGAUUCUGAAGGCCAAACUUGGAAUGCCACAGUUUUUAAGUCCUGAAGUGCAAAGCCUGAUACGGGCACUUUUUAAAAGAAAUCCUACCAACCGAUUAGGAGCAGGACCUGAUGGAGUGGAGGAGAUCAAACGGCAUCCAUUUUUUGCAACCAUUGACUGGAAUAAAUUAUACAGGCGAGAGAUCAAGCCUCCGUUCAAACCAGCGGUGGGAAGGCCCGAGGACACCUUCCACUUUGAUCCUGAGUUCACCUCGCGAACACCAACAGAUUCACCUGGAGUGCCUGCUAGUGCCAAUGCCCAUCAGCUCUUUCGGGGCUUCAGUUUUAUCGCCACCAACCUCACCCAGGAGCAAUCGAUAGUCGAGACGCGACAGACUGUGGUCAACCCAAUCGUUCAGCAACUCCAUGGGAAUAACAUCCGCUUCACUGAUGGCUAUGAGCUAAAGGAGGAUGUGGGCAUCGGUGCAUACUCUGUGUGCAAGCGCUGUGUCCACAGAAUCACCAGCGUGGAGUAUGCAGUCAAAAUUAUUGACAAGGCCAAGAAGGAUCCAUCAGAGGAGAUAGAGAUUCUCCUGAGAUAUGGGCAGCACCCAAACAUCAUCACCCUGAAAGAUGUGUAUGAUGAUGGGAAGUAUGUGUACCUGGUGAUGGAGCUGAUGAGGGGAGGGGAGCUGCUGGACAGGAUCCUCUAUCAGAAGUGCUUCUCCGAGCGGGAGGCCUCAGCAGUUCUCUGUACCCUCACUAAGACCGUGGAGUAUCUCCACUCCCAAGGGGUCGUCCAUCGAGACUUGAAGCCAAGCAAUAUCCUCUAUGUGGAUGAGACAGGCGAUCCAGAGUCCAUCCGAAUUUGUGACUUUGGCUUUGCCAAACAGCUGAGAGCGGAAAAUGGCCUCCUCAUGACGCCGUGUUACACAGCUAACUUUGUCGCUCCAGAGGUCCUGAAAAAGCAGGGCUAUGACGCGGCCUGUGACAUCUGGAGUCUGGGAAUUUUACUCUACACCAUGUUAGCAGGAUUCACCCCUUUUGCCAACGGCCCAGAUGAUACGUCAGAAGAAAUCCUCGCCCGGAUUGGCAGCGGUAAAUAUGCCCUCACGGGAGGCAACUGGGACACAGUAUCAGAUGCAGCCAAGGACAUUGUGUCAAAUAUGCUGCAUGUGGAUCCUCAUCAGCGGCUGACAGCACCUCAGGUCCUCCGGCACCAGUGGAUUGUGAACCGGGAGCAGCUCUCCCAGAGCCAGCUUAUCAGACAAGACGUGCUACUGGUGAAGGGUGCAAUGGCUGCCACCUAUUUUGCUCUUAAUCGGUCGCCUCAAGCACCAAAGCUGGAACCUGUGUUGUCAUCUGUUCUGGCUCAGAGAAGAGGAAUGAAGAGACUCACAUCCACACGACUAUAGUACAGCUGCACAAGAAACACCAAAAAUAUCAUGAUGUACAGCAACAGAGACUUGCCAAAGGACUACAAUUACUUUGUGCGCAGUACCACAUGGACGAGAUUGACUGAUAGAGGUGCCUAGGUGUUUUGUGUUUGUGGUCCACAAUUUCUGCUUUUUGAUAAUUGGCACACUAAAAUGUGAAUGAGAUAAAGACAAAAGUUCAAUAAGCUGUUACAUACGCCAAAAUGCGUCAUUUUGAUUUGCUACGUUAGUAUUGUACAUCUCCUAAUUCUAGUUUCAUUCUUUUGUACUUUUAGCUUGUAUGAAAUAUGAAGUUGCCAUCCAAUCACUCUAACCCAAACAUCCCCCCAACAUCAGUCACAUUCAACCUUUACAGACUAGUACUUGAAAAGCUAUGGAAUUUUACAUAUUAUAACAUAACCUGCAUAAAAGUCAAGAAUUUCCAGUGCUAUUAGCUGUUCUGUGUUUGAUCACUAUAAAAAGAACAGGCUGAUUGUGAGAUACAGAACUAUAGAGGCCAGAGAGGGUUUUGAGUAUAGCACAAAGAAACAGGCCGAGCCUGCCUUCAAGAGCAUAGGGUGCAAUAAUGCAAUCACAGAUAGUUGCAUAACCUCCCACACUCAUUGUUAAUUAGGCUACCAUAUUUACUCUUCACCUCACUGUGUUUUUGUGUGUGUUUUUAUUUAUAAGUAUAGUGUUGUGCAGUUGCAAUUUAUUUGGAGAAUCCUCUUGACUAUUUUUAUUUCCCAGUAUGAUGGUCUUCUUUGCUUUAGCAUAGGGCCCAGCUAAAGGGAGGAUUUUGAAAUGUCUUUUUGGUGACAAGGACCUACAGUAGGUGUACAUGCGCUUGUUGUGGUACCUUUUUCAGAUGAUUGCCUUUUCUCUCAAGUGAGUGCAUCAUUUUGUGUUAAAUAUGUACUGCUGUAUAUGUAAUUAGUUUGACUUUUGUUUUAAACAUAUUGUUUUUAUUUAUUGAGCAUGGAAGUUCCGUUGUUAUUUAACAUUCAAUUUAUAGUCAUCAUCAAAUAACACUAAAUUAUGUAAAUAGUGUAAAUAUGUAAUUUGUAUAAAAUGGUUUUACCCUUUGGUAAUUUAUUUAUUUAUUUGUUAAGCUAUUCGUAGCCUUCAUGUGUAUGUACUUCUCAGCACUAGUGCUCUUGGUACCAUUUAUCGAGGGUACCUAAAAAAUGUGUUUUGUAAUCUGAUAAUCAAAGUGCACUUUAUACAUUGUCAAAGUCAUGAACAAAUGCUAACAGAAACAAGAAUAUGUUGUUGUUUGUUGGGGGGGGGGGGUCAUUUGAUUUGGAUUUGCUGGUAAAAGCCACUUUUAGGUGAAACCACUCAAAAAACAUGUAUCAAGGUUUAGAAAAAUAUGAAUGUAAAAAUGGCCUGUGAGAAUGGAGCAGUUUUUCAAAGUAUCUGCAGAGUUUGACCAGCAACAGCUUCUAUGUAAGCAUGCGACUAAAGUACUUUGACAAUUCACCCAAGGACCUGUGUUA